UGCAGCAUGCAUGUGAGCGUGUGCGAGGCAGUAGAGUCGCCUGUGUGUUUACAUGUCAGCGCAUCAGUGCUGCUGGAUUUAGCAUAUCUGGAAAGGACGAAGGCAUUUCUCGGAUGUCCCAACUUACAAGGGAUUCUCAUCUUUAGCCCUCAGAUCUGAGCCCGUCUUGUUUGCUGCAUCUCUGUCUCCAUGCUUUUGGAGGCAUUCUGUAUUUCCUUGGCAACAUGGAACUGCCUGAAUUAGAAUUCUCUGCAUGACAGUCCUGGGCAGCAGUAGGAUGGUCACUGCUGAGGCAGGGGGGCACAGCUACUUGGUAGCGUGCUGGCAGCCCAUCCUGAUCCUGAUGCUGGGCACUGUCCUCUCUGGUUCGACCACUGGAUGCCCUUCCCGAUGUGAUUGCAAUGCCCAGGAGCGCUCAGUUGUGUGCCAUCGAAGACGAUUGGCUACUCUUCCGGAAGGCAUCCCCACUGAAACAAGGCUUCUUGAUCUGAGUAAGAACCGUCUAAAACUUCUUGGGCCUGAGGAAUUCAUCAACUACCCACAGCUGGAGGAGCUCCAACUGAAUGAAAACAUAAUUUCAUCCAUUGAGUCUGGCGCUUUUAGCAACCUUGUGAAUCUACGGACUCUUGGGUUGCGCAAUAACCAGCUCAAGCUCAUUCAACUGGGUGUGUUCACUGGCCUCAAUAACCUUACACAGCUGGAUAUUAGUGAGAACAAAAUUGUCAUUCUGCUGGACUACAUGUUCCAAGAACUCUACAACCUGAGGGUACUGGAAGUGGGUGACAAUGACCUUGUUUUCAUCUCACCACGAUCGUUUCAAGGCCUCAGCAAUCUUGAAACCCUCAACAUUGAGGGUUAUAAGCUGUCCUCUGUGCCCACUGAUGCCCUGAGCCAUCUGCACAACCUGCUGUCACUUCGGUUACGCUAUCUCAACAUCACUGCCAUAAGGGACUACUCCUUUAAGAGGCUGUAUAGGCUAAGAGUACUAGAAAUAUCACAUAUGCCUUCCCUGGAUAUCAUGACCCCAAAAUGCUUAUUUGGUAUCAACCUGACCUCAUUAGCAAUCACAAACUGUAAUCUUACUGUUAUUCCCUACCAAGCUAUCAGUCACCUAAGAUAUUUACGAUUUCUGAACCUGUCUUUCAAUCCCAUCCAUACUGUUGAAGGAAACCAACUUCACAAUCUACAAAAGCUCCAGGCUUUUCACUUGGCUGGUGGCAGAUUAAUUGCCAUUGAACCUUACUCUUUCCGAGGACUAAAUCAUUUGCACGUUCUCAAUGUUUCCAGUAAUAGGUUGAACACCCUGGAGGAGUCUGUCUUCCACUCAGUGGGUAAUCUGGAGACCCUGGCUUUGCAUGACAAUCCUUUGGCAUGUGACUGUCGCUUGCUCUGGGUUUUCCGCCGGAGGUGGAGGUUAAACUUUAAUAGACAGCAACCCAUCUGUGCUUCACCUGGUGUUGUGCAAGGAAAGGAGUUCAAAGACUUCCCAGAUAUCCUCCCUUCUGAUUAUUUCAUCUGCCAGAAAUCAAAAAUUGUGGAUAACAAAGUUCAAGAGAGCCAUGUGGAUGAAGGAACUACAGUCAGCUUCUCUUGCCAAGCUGAGGGUGAUCCAGCCCCUGUCAUCAUGUGGCUUUCUCCCAAGAAAGAAUAUAUUACCACCAAAACUAUGGGGUCAAGACUGUCUGUGUCCAAUGAUGGUACAUUGGAGGUUCGUUAUGCCCAAAUUCAAGACAACGGCACUUACUUGUGCAUUGCAAGCAAUGCAGCAGGCAAUGACACAAAAGGUAGCCAUCUUUUUGUACAUAGCUACUCCCCUAAUUGGCCUCAUCAACCAAACAAGACAUUUGCCUUCAUUUCCAACCAGCCGAGCGAUGACGGUGCGAAUGUUACCCGGACCACAAUUCCAUUUCCAUUUGACGUUAAGACGUUAAUCAUUGCAACCACCAUGGGGUUCAUUUCUUUCCUUGGAGUUGUACUGUUCUGUCUUGUAAUUCUGUUUCUCUGGAGCCGAGGAAAAGACAACACAAAGCCAAGUAUAGAGGUUGAGUAUGUUCCGCGCAAAGAAGACACAGAAGAGGCGAGUCCGACCGAGACGCCCAUACAAUUCAAUAUGAAAAUCAUGUGAAGCAUAAAAUGUGGCCAAGUCCUGUAGACCUAUAAACUCCAGUUGGGAUGCAACACUACAAGUUGAGAUGCACACUGUCCUUGCUUCAAAUGUGUACUUGAGCGAUAGCAAUUGCACAGCAGCAAAUGCAUCUUGGCCCAAUGUACCCCAAUUACUGUUUGUUGGCUUUUUUUUUUUUAACAAAAAUUGUAAAAAAAAAAAAAAAGAAAAAGAAAACGUUGAAUUUCUAUACUGGCAAUACUCAAGUAUGUUAACAUGCUCACAAUCAUGAUGACUACAGUGUAUGUAACCAAAUUAAGGUAAUUGUUGAUGAGAACGUGUGAGUGUAAACUCCAAUUAACUAAAGUGACAUGAGUUGGAUUGCAGGUAGGCGUCAUUGAUUACAGAACAAUCUUUUUAGCACACAGACUAAGCAAAAAACGAGUGAAGACAUUGCUAGGAGUUUGCAUUCAUGUAAAUUUAAAAAGCACAAUAGCUUGAUAAAACAAUUGUUGUUUGUUUGAAUGUGACAUGAACAUCUAUCUAGCUCUCUGGUCCAAUCACAAGAAGACAUACUAUUUAUUACAUGGAUUUUUAAUUUGGCAGUAAGAUCACAUCAUUUUAAUUGGGGGUAACAUUUGUCAGCGUAUUUCAUUUGGAGCUGAAGAAAUAAAUACCAUUGUUUUACAGUAGUACUGUAUGCAUUGGUUAGAAAGCAGUCUGGUCAUAUAACAUUACUGUCAACUACCUCCAAGCUUGUGUAUUUUUUUUGUUUUGUCAAAAAGAUUUGAAAAGCAUACUGUAUUUGAAAGAGACCACUAAAACGUUCAAACUAUCUUUCAUAUUGUAAUUUGUGUUACAUUUAUUCUGGUUUAAUAGUUUAUUGGGAUAGAUUCAAAUGAGAAUUUCCUUAAUCUGGUUACACUAAAAUAAAUAUUGUGCAUGUUAACACACCGAAGAAGAAAAAUAGGAGUACUACAGUGUGAAAUAUUUCCUGCCAUAUUUCCUGUGUCAGUAGAUGUUUUGACAUGUUCUUCUAAAUGUAUUUUUUUUACAUAUAUUUGAGUCUUUCCUUGUACAUUAUGCUACUGCACAUAAGCAAUGCUUUUCAUGGCUGUGGGGUUUGAGCAUAUUAUAUAACCUCAAGAGUAGAUAACAUAUUCAGCAAAUAUAUUUUUGAUGUAACUUAACCAAACAAGAGACCAGGGAUAUUCUUUAUUGAGUUUAUAAGUUGUUCAAAAAGUUUAUGAUAAAUUCCAAAACAACAAUUUGGUGGUACAUCAAAUUUGUAACAUUUACUCUGUACCUACGUCUUGAGGUUAUACUGUAUAUUGUCACCAAUCUAUUACUCUCAUAAGGGUAGUCUAACUCCACAGAUAUUCGAAAGAUAAUCUGCUCCCAAGUUUUGAAGGGGAAGGAAGACAGAAUUUCAAUUCAAUAAAUACCAUUUCAUUCUU